CACCAAAAUAAAUCCCCACCUCAAACAGCCAUUCGAACCUGCCAAAAUGAACGCCCUAACCACCCUCCUCACCGUCCUCUCCGCAACGACCAGCACCAGCGCCCUCUCCAUCCAACCGCGCGACCCGGCGCCGGCCUCCAUCACCCCGCCGGAGGGCUGCCCGAUCCCGACCUGGGAGGUGACCUACUUCCACUGGUUCAACGGCUCCAAGUCGCUGGACUGCAUCCACAACCCGGCCGACAUCGCCUUCAAGGACUGCCUGUGCGGCAACGCCUGGUGCGACCAGGACCCGGCUACCUGCAACGGCACCAUGGUCCCCGUCUGCUACACGGGCAUGCCCAACUACCAGCCCUGGGGGUACGGGCCCCCGCAGACGCUGGCCAUUGACUUCGCCGACGGCCUCGAGUGCCGCGACACGUACAUCGGCUACCGCAUCCACGACAUCGCCCACGGCGAGUCCAACUGCGGCUACGCCGACCGCGGCCUGGGCCGCAUCGUCUCGUUCUACGGCACGUCGAACGAGGACGUCUCCGUCGGCCACAUGGAUUACGAGCUCGGCUCGGGCCAUGCCUUGACGUGUAACAACGGGAGCAAGAUCACCUACCAUGGCAGUGUGGACUUCCAGUUGAACUGCGUGCAUGAUGCGUUCUUUAAUGCUACGUGUGAUGCGGCGCCGUUUGAGAUUCCGGUUUUGAGCUAUGAGUGGGUUUCUUAGUUGGCUUUUGAAGGGGUUAGAGAUGGCGGUAGUGGGGUGAGG